AUGGCAAGUGCUCAUCGACUAGUAGUAGCGGCAUUUGGAGAAGGAUUUAUGCAACAGGAUAAAGUCAUCGAUUUGCAUGAUAUCAUUGAAAAUGAGGUGUCAUCUUCUGAUCCUGUGCUGUUGUGCUCAGCCAUUGGGUACGAUGCGUCUGGUAAAAUUGAAGAUCUUGGAGUACAAACUGGUAGACCAGUUACUUCCAUUGCUAUCGGUUCUGCCGAAGGAUUCAGUCAAGCAGAUGCGGCCCUCACAGCAGCAUCAAAGUCCGGACGUUGGGUGUUGCUUAAGAACGUCCAUCUUGCUCCACAAUGGCUUGGAAAUAUGGAAAAACGCUUGCACACUCUCAAACCUCAUGUCAACUUCCGACUAUUCCUCACAGCUGAGAUCCAUCCCAAAUUGCCUGCCUCAGUACUACGAGCCUCGCGUCUCGUGGUAUUUGAGCCUGCUACAGGCCUCAAAGCGAAUCUCUUGCGGUCGCUUUCUGCUUUGCCGGGACCUCGUCUGGCCAAGGCACCAGCUGAGCGUAGCAGGCUGUAUUUGUUAAUCUGCUGGUUACAUGCCCUAGUGCAGGAAAGAUUGAGAUAUACACCCUUGGGAUGGGCAAAUGCGUACGAGUUUUCCGAUGCUGAUCUUCGUGUAGCUUGUGAUACCCUUGAUGCAGCUGUGGACUCCGUAGCACAAGGUCGCGCCAAUGUCGCACCAGAAAAAUUGCCAUGGACUACCUUAAGAACCCUGCUGAGCCAGUGUAUCUACGGAGGAAAGAUCGAU